UGUUUGGUCUAGCACGUACAAACAUAACAUAACCUGUGCUUUCCGUCAAGGGGAAGCAGCAGCAGCGAAGGCGAUGGCCGAGGAUAGCAAUAAAGGAAAAAUGGAAGGGAACAACUUGCUUGGCUCCCCGAGCUUCACACAGCUCGAAAAUGGCAGGUUCAAAUGCGUAGAGACGGGGCACGAGAUGCUAUCCAAAGACAAGGAAUCGUAUUCACAGAGCAAACGAUGUCGUUUGGGACUUAUCGACUUCGCUUUGGCCAACAAUAAGCCCCCUCUCAACAUGUUCAAGCAAGACCCUCUUUCCCGUUCAAAAUUGAUAUGCAAACUGACUGGGGAUACUGUCAAUAAGUCUGAGGAACACAUAUGGAAGCACAUCAAUGGAAAAAGGUUCCUUAACAAAUUAGAACAAAAAGAAACUGAGAAAGUUGAGGGGAAGCAACAGGAAGAAGAAGCAAAGUCUUCUAUGGAUGUCGAGAAGAAGAAGAAGAAGAAAAAGAAAAAGAAAGUAAAGGAGGCAAAGCCAGUUGACGAAAUUAUUUCUGAAGUAAGGAAUUUUUCUGAUAAGGAUAGUGAUUCUGAAGAAGUUGACUUCUGGAUACCACCUGCGGGAGAGCCUUGGGACUUCGAUGAUGGAGGAGAUCGAUGGGGUUCUGGUGAGGAGUCGGGGCAGGAAUGUGGGGAAGAAAAUGGAGCAGUUGAAGAUAAUGGCAAGGAAUCAGAAGAACUCUCUAAAUGCACAAAGAGAAUGUCAAUUGAAAUUGGACCCAGCAGCUUUGCCUCUAGAAAGAAGAAAACUAAGAAGAACUCUGCAAGUUAAAUCUGCUCAGAUUUUUGUAUCUUUGCCGGUGAAAGAUCAUAAAUGGAAUUAUUAUAUAAUUAUACAUAGCAAUAUUUGCAAGCGCAUUUCAGGUGGUCUGCAAUGACUUUUAAUGGAAUGUUAGGAACCAGAGUCUAUAAGAUCUUAAGAUAGAAAAUUUUCUUUUUAUUGAUUAAAAUGUAUGAGACAAUUGUUAAGUUUUGUUUAUUUUUUUGUUUCAUGGAAAUUUUAUAAUGGUGAUCAUUCUAUUUUGUUUUCUA